AUGUGGAACGCUCGCCUGGGGCUGAGCUCACUGGCUCUCUUCCUCUCGACAACCACCCUCGCCCUUCGUGUUAGUCCCGGCUCUGAGUGCGCCGCCCUCUGCUCUGAUGGCACAAACACCACCACCGCCGAAAUCAACACCUCGAGCACAAACUCUUCAGACAUUGCCUGCGAGGACAAGGACUUUUCUUCAUCAGGGACUGGUAUCCGGUUCAAGAACUGCGUCAACUGCCUACAAAAGAGCGAGGCUACAUGGAAGGAGGAGAGUGACGUCCACUGGUUCCUGUACAAUGUGCGGUAUGCUUUUGACGUCUGCCUCUAUGGCUAUCCCGAGGCCGUCGAGUCGGGCACAAUCAAUUCGCCCUGCAACAUUGACGGAGCAUGUGGUGCUCUCAAGGACGCCCUCGAGGUGUCCCUCGUGAAGCCAACCGACGACAACCGAUUCGACUUCUGCGAUGCCGACUCGAAAGCCAUCAAGGGAAGCAGCUACAAGGAAUGCAUCAGCUGCUUGAGAUCUACCUCGAGCCAGAAGUACCUGUCCAACUUCCUGAUUGCUCUGAGAGCAGGUUGUGAGCAGCGACCUGAACAAGGUGACGCCAUUGGCCUCAGCGGAACUAUCUUCACGGCUUCAGCUGUCAACAUCACUGAUCCAAACACCAACGAGACCCUCCCUGGUGACGGAGGUGCUCCCGUUGGUGCCAUGACCACUGGCACCAUUGUGGGCAUCGCCGUUGGAUGCGGUCUUGGUCUAGCUGGCUUCCUCUGCAUCAUCUUCAUCUACUGCCGUCGGAGUCGGCGCGAAGCAGCAGCCAUCAAGAUCGAGACACCGACCCCUGACCACCAGAUGCACCACCACCAUGGUGCGUACGGAAUCCAAAAGGCUUCCUACUUUAGUCACGGCGCCCCCAAGAACCCUGGUGGACAUGAACGCGGCAUAUCCAACGCACAAUACUACGACAUGCUCGAGCAGCAGCCGUGGAACAAGCAGGCCAACGUCAACUACCACUACGCACCACACUCCAAGAGCAACGGACCCAAUGGUGCUCUCCCCACGCAUCCCGCUUACAUGCCGCGCGUUACAAGCAAGUCCCCUGAGCCUCAAAUACCCCCCAACAUCCACAGAUCCACCAACUCAAGGUCCAAUGCCCCCGACUCGUACGCUCUCCGGGCAUACCUCAAUGCUGCCGAAGAGUCAGUCGAACCUGAGCGUAUCAGUGAAGCCGCCUCUAGUGGACACAACUCUCGGGCUGAAAGCCGCAACCCUUCCCCUACUCGAUUCGAAAAGAUCCCCGAGCCAGUGGUCAUUCACGCACCCGAGCCAACGAAUGCGAAGCAGUCGUCCUUCACUUUCCCUUCCCUCUCCAAGCUUAUUAUCCCCAAGAAGCACUCCCCGCCUCCUCCUGAGGUCAGGCUCCAAGAGCCGACACCCGGGACAGCCUCGAAUGAGCGCAAGCGCGAGCUGAGAAUCUCCAAGCCCCUAGCAGUACUGGACCCGAGGUUCACUGAUCGUCCACUUGCUGGAGGACCGAUUAUGGCAAGCCAGCCACCCACCGGCUUCAACGAGCAGAGGCAAGCAGUAGGCAACGACCCCAUGCCUAGCAGCAACAGCCACAUCUAUGGCUGA